UCGAGGGAAAUGGGAAGUUUUGUUGAUGCCGGAUGCAAGCUCGACGCUGCCAUUGUGGGUUUUUUUUUGUUGUAAUAAGUGAAAAGCAUGAUGCAAGCGUGUUGUGUUAUCAACUGCCACAAUCGUUCACGCGAUCGCUUCGGGAAUAAAAAGGAUGGGGGGAGAUUUUUCUCAUUUCCGACGUGGAAGCAAAGCCAAGGAGCUGUGAUCUGUGAGCUAACAAAGAGACGCCGAAUGGCCUGGAUAGCAGCCGUGAGACGACCAAACAUCACUUUCAACGCCAUCACCCGACACAUGUUGGUGUGUUCACGGCAUUUUCACACUGGGAGACCUGCUAAUGAAAUGGAUGAAAGCCAUCCAGACUGGGCACCCUCAUUACAUCUCGGACACACGGAGGUGAAAGCUGCAGAUAACGAGAGACUACAGAUAACAUUGCACGAGGAGGAACUUUCUCCAACAAGAGAGGAGAACGAGCGACUACGACAACAACUGGAAGAUGUUUGCAAGACGCAGGUUGUCCUGCAGGUUGAAGACAUCCAGCAGCUGAUUGGUGGUCAAGAAGAAUGUCCCCCCCAGCCACAGGGGGGGAGCUCCACUUUGGAGCAGCAGGGGCCAGAGCCUGUUAAAGAGGAAGAGGAGAAGGCACAGCCCCCCUGUGUUAAAAAGGAAGAGGAUGAACUCUUGAUCACUCAGGAGGGAGAGCAUCUUGUAGGAUCGAAGGAGGCUGGUUUUGUCAGGUUGCCACUGACUGGUGUCUCUGUGAAGACCGAAGACCAUGAAGACAAACCACAGCUUCAUCAUAGUCCAAGUGAGGAGAAGAGAGAGGCGGAGCCUUCAAGCAGCAGCUCAACACAACACAUGACAACAGAAGCUGAUGGAGACCACUGUGGAGGAUCACAAGCAGACAACCUCUUAGCUCCACUGUCAGAUAGUGACGACAUAACGUCAGGUGAUAUGAUGACUCACACUGACAACAAACACUCUGAAUGCUCUGAAAAGAAGGCAGGUAAAAAACAUUUCAACUGCUCAGUUUGUGAUAAAAGAUUUUCUCUUAAACGUUGUUUGACUCGACACAUGGGAACGCAUACAGGAGAAAAACAUUUUAGUUGCUCACACUGUGAGAAAAGCUUCACUCAGAAAUCAAGGAUGGUAUCACACAUGAGAACACACACAGGAGAAAAACCUUUUAGUUGCUCAGACUGCGGUAAAAGCUUCGCUCGAAACUCAGACUUAAAAACACACAUGAGAAUACAUACGGGAGAAAAACCUUACACUUGCUCAGACUGUGGUAAAAGUUACACUAAAAAGUCAAGUAUGGUGGUACACAUGAGAACGCACACGGGAGAAAAGCCAUUUUCUUGCUCAAACUGCAGUAAAAGUUUCACUCAAAAGAUACAAAUGGUAUCACAUAUGAAAACGCACACAGGAGAAAAACCUUUUACUUGUUUAGACUGUUUUAAAAGUUUCACUCGAAAGGUGCACUUGGUAACACACAUGAGAACACACACAGGAGAAAAACCUUUUAUUUGCUCAGACUGUGGUAAAGGCUUCAGUCACAAAGCAAAUAUGGUAUCACACACGAGAACACACACGGGAGAAAAACCUUUUAGUUGCUCAGACUGUGGCAAAAGUUUUACUGAAAAGGCAAAUAUGGUAACACACAUGAGAACACACACAGGAGAAAAACCUUUUAGUUGCUUAGACUGUGGUAAACACUUUACUUACAAAGUGAAUAUGGUUAUCCACAGGAGAAUACACACAGGAGAAAAACCUUUUACCUGCUCAAUCUGUUUUAAAAGUUUCACACAAAAGGCAACUUUGGUAUUACAUAUGAGGACACACACAGGAGAAAAACCCUUUAGUUGCUCAAAUUGUGGUGACACGUUUCCUUGGAAGGCCUCCUUGAAUAGACACAUGCAGAGUCACUGAUGGUCUAGCAGGGGUCAACACCUCCUUCAGUUUAACUGAAGGCACUCGUCAAUUAAAUCACCUGCUGGAGGAACUCGGAGAGAAAAUCUGCAGUGUCUCGGCCCUCCUUGGCACGAGUUUGACAUGUGGUCUCCAGUGUCAUUCAUUCAUGUACUGUAUUUUUUCAAUGCCGCUUAAGCCUCAUUAGGGUCGAGGAGGUAUGCUGGAGUCUAUCUCAGCUGAUGUUGGGGGAGAGGCGGGGUACACCCCGGACUGGUCACCAGCCAAUCGCAAGGCUGGAAAGUAGUGAUUAGAUUUCUUUUGCUGACUUGAGUUUGAUAUGAGUGAGGGAUGGAUGGAUGGAUGGAGUUAGUUAUGAGUCAUUCGUUGGAGUGAAUGAGUACUCGAGUCACAGAGCAGUAAGUAAUAAAAGGGAAUCAUUGUUAUUUUGUUACAUUGUCUUUUAUUGUAUUACAUAUUUUUUGUUUGCCUAACAUUUGUGUCAGGUGUUUUUCUUCUGAUCGUAAUCAUGAUCAGCACAUUAAAAGGCAAAAUGACUAAAUCAUGACAUUUUGAGAAAUUCAAUUCAAAAAGUAUUGGUAUCAAUAUCAGCAACAGUGGCUAUGUAGUAUGUAUCUGUACAGAAAAUUACCCAUUUUAUGUGUGUUUUUCUUAAUAAAAAGUGACACAAUUUAAUCAAAUGGGUAUUUUAAAGUUUAAAAAAUUAAAUAAUUGGUAUUUUUGAUGAGGACCAAAGAUUUAAGCAA